UCACACACAAUCCAUAACCUCAUUCAUUUCCGGUAUUCCUUUGCUCACAUUCUUCCACAACAACGUUCACCUCAUUUCUGUUCUGAUUUCUCACUCCAUAUUUUGUAUCUAUAGUUUUGUAUAAGUACACUAUGGCUGAUCGUGUACAUCCUCGAGAUUCGCCGCCGGAGAGCCCACUGCCGUCGUCGCACAACUCCGGCGAAGUAGGAAUUCCUACAAAACCACCGCAGCCGGCGUCUCCAAAGCCUGUGCCACCGCCGGGAACGUAUGUAGUUCAAGUGCCAAAGGAUCAAAUCUACCGGUAUCCUCCACCGGAGAAUUCUCGCCGUUAUGAAUCUCUGACUAAACGGAAACCUCGACGGAGCUGCUGCUGCCUAUGCCUUUGCUACACAUUCUCUCUCCUCCUCAUUCUCAUUAUCGCGCUCGGCAUCACCGCCGGCGUUCUCUACCUCGUUUUCCGCCCUGAAGCGCCGAAGUACACUAUCUCCAACAUCGCGAUUAAGAAUUUCAACCUCACGUCAUCGUCUUCCGUAUCGCCUGCAUUUGACGUCACUGUCCGAGCUGAAAACCCUAACAACAAGAUCGGAAUUUACUACCGGAAAGGAAGCUCCGUUACUGUAUUCCACUCCGAUGUUAACCUAUCUAACGGCGAAUUGCCGGCGUUUUAUCAGCCAACGAAUAACGUAACGGUUUUUAAGACGCCGUUGAAGGGAUCAAACGUCCUGCUUGGAAGCGCCACUAGGACUGCGUUAAGGAAUGAACAGAAGCAAGGGAAAGUGCCGUUUAGGGUGAACAUUAAAGCGCCCGUUAAGAUCAAGGUUGGAGCCGUUAAGACGUGGGAAAUUACCAUUAAAGUUAAGUGUGACAUAACGGUGGAUACUUUAAUGGAGAAAUCUAAAAUAGUUUCCAAAGAUUGUAAACAUAGUGUGAGGCUUUGGUAGAGGGCUUGAACAUUUUAGUCAUAUUUAAUUUAUGUAGUGAUACAAGAAAGAGUUUUUUCUUAUAUAAGGAGAAAUUUUUUGUAUUUAUAAACUGAAAAUUUAAUUAAUUCGUUCUACAUAGAAGAAAAUAAAUACUUUUUUGGAUUCAUUGAA